CCCGCCCGCUCCCGCCGCGUGCAAAGUAGUGGCAGCCGGUGCGGCUCGGCCGCCGCCCGCUCCCGGCGCCCCAGCGCGGCACGCGUGCCCAGGCCCGCCGGCGCCAGAAUCAGUGAGGUUGGAAAAGACCUCAGAGAUCGAGUCCAGAGUCUGGGACAGAGCACCACCAUGUCAACCAGACCGUGGCACUGAGUGACAGAUCCAGUCUUUCCUUUAAACACCUCCAAGGUUGUCUUCUGAAUUUUGUGUCUGAAGGUAUCCUCUUGCUUUCUCAGCAAAUCAUGGACAUCGUUGGCUUUCUGAAGUCGCAAUUCAUUUGCCACCUUCUGAUCUGCUACAUAUUUAUAGUGUCAGGACUGAUCAUUAACUUCAUUCAACUCUUUACACUUAUACUUUGGCCAAUCAACAAGCAACUGUUCAGGAAGAUCAACUGCAGGCUGGCUUACUGCAUUUCAAGCCAGAUGGUGAUGUUGCUGGAAUGGUGGUCAGGCACCGAUUGCACCCUUUACACUGACCCAGAGAGUUACCACAAGUACGGGAAGGAGAAUGCCAUCGUAAUCCUUAAUCACAACUUUGAAAUUGACUUUCUCUGUGGUUGGAACUUUUGUGAGAGAUUUGGGGUCUUGGGGAGUUCCAAAGUGCUUGCAAAGAAGGAGCUCUCCUACAUGCCUAUCAUUGGCUGGAUGUGGUAUUUCCUAGAGAUAGUUUUCUGCAAGCGCAAGUGGGAGGAAGAUCGGAAAACUGUGGUGCAGAAGUUGCUCAAUCUCCGGGACUACCCUGAAAACUUUUGGUUCCUGAUUCAUUGUGAGGGCACAAGGUUCACAGAGCAGAAGCACCAGAUCAGCAUGAAGGUGGCUGAAGCCAAAGGUCUGCCCAAGCUCAAGUACCACCUCCUGCCACGAACAAAAGGAUUUGCUGUCACCGUGCAGUGUUUGAGAAAUGUAGUUUCUGCAGUCUAUGAUUCUACCCUUAAUUUUAGAAAUAAUGAAAAUCCAACAUUGCUGGGAGUUCUAAAUGGAAAGAAAUAUCAUGCAGAUUUAUAUGUAAGGCGGAUUCCUCUAGAGGAUGUCCCAGAAGAUGAGCAGGAAUGUUCUACCUGGCUCCACAAACUGUAUCAAGAAAAGGAUGCAUUCCAGGAGGAAUAUUACCGUACAGGAACCUACCCAGCAGUCCCGACAGUACCACCCCGUCGGCCAUGGACACUUUUGAACUGGCUUUUCUGGGCCUUAUUGCUGCUAUAUCCUUUGUUCCAGCUGCUCAUCAACAUGAUCAACAGUGGAUCAUCACUGACACUGGCUAGUUUUGCAUUUGUCAUUAUAAUAGCUUCUGUCGGUGUCAGAUGGAUGAUCGGGGUUACGGAGAUUAACAAGGGCUCCACCUAUGGCAACAAUGACAGCAAGCAGAAACAAAAGUAGCCCCUUCAGAGACUGCUUCAAUCCAAAGGGAACAAAUGCAACUGCUGAAAACUCUUUAAGUGCAUAUCACGGUCCUUCAAGCGAGAUCCGAGGAUGAGUAAUUGCCGUGCAUAUCUGAAUUUGUGCUCCUGUUGUUUUUCUAUGGGGUUUGGGCUGGAUGACACGCUGGAAGGAUGCACUCCUUCCUAUACUCUCAACAACAGGUUUGCACAUGUGUGGUUGGUUUGUUUUCCUAUGAAGUGUCUUAAGUUUUGAAGGAAAAAAAAUUCCAGUGUGCUUGUAUGAAGAGACUCUACCUGGAAACUAACUAGAGGUGCAAGCUUUAAUGUCAGAAGAUUGUUACAAGAUGAUUAAACUUGAUAGUUGUGUAGCUCA